UUUGAAUCCAAAGAAGCGCCAUUUUCUAUGUCACUGUGCCUCACAAAAUCUCUCCAACUUCCUCAUCGUAACACGUACCCCUAAUUUCAAAAUCAUCUUCAUACUAUUCCCCUGUAAGCUCUUAAUCGACAGAUCUUGGUUUCUCCUCUCAACAAAAUCAAGUCCAGAUGGAUUUAAUCACAGAAACAGAAUCAGAGAAUGUUGAUGAUUCUUCCUUGUGGCUCCAUAAUUCUAAGUCAUUAGCAGACAUAUUAACAGGUAUAGAUAUCUACUUUUUGCUCAUGUCCUGUCUUUAAUUGGUUAUUCUGUUCAAAACAUAGACUGAUAGACCUUCUCAGAGAUAAAUCAGAAUGUUCAACAAAUGCUAAGAAUGAUUGAAGAUAGCAAACCCGAGUCAACGGAGAAAUUUCUUUACUUAUAUCAGUCGCUUGGUGAAACUUACAACGACUUGAACCAGGAGCUCCUCAACGGCCUUCUCAAACUGCCAUGUUCUCUUGUAACUUCAAUGGGUGCAUUGAGCACCUUUAAGCCUGAUAAGUCUCCUGAUUUGGAGUCAGGAGGAACCUCUUACUCAUCUCUGAAUCACCAAGUGGUCUCAACAACGAGUAGCGAAAAGUCGCAGAGCUUGAAACUAAAUGAUGAGGUUGAGAAGAAAGACUCUGCAUUUUUGCUUGCUGAUAUGUUUUGUGCUGAGCUUGAAACUGCACGGAGAGAACUAGAAGCUAGAAACAUAGCCAUUGAAACUGAGAAAAGGUAUGUGGUUGACUUAGAGAGUAAGCUAUCAGAUUCUGUUUACAAGAUUGAGAAAUUAGAAAGCGAGCUCGACGAGGUUAAAGAGUGUUUAGGUGUGUCAGAAGCAGAGGUUUCAAAGCUAAUGGAAAUGUUGAGUGAAUGCAAGAACGAGAAAUCGAAACUGCAGACCGAUAAUGCUGAUGACUUGUUAGAUAGCCUAAGAGCAGAGUUGAGAUCAAGAGAAAUCCAGAUUGAGCAAAUGGAGGAGUAUUUGAACCAGGUUUUGUGUCUUAAUGAAACUGAGAUUAAAUCUGAGUCAGAAACUGACAAGAAUAUUGUGGAAGAACUGAGAGCCAAAGUUGAAGUGUUGGAGAAACAAGUGGAGUUGCAGAGAAAUGUGAUAACAGAACGAGAGGAGGAGAAAAGAGAGGCUAUAAGACAGCUCUGUUUCUCUCUGGAUCAUUACAUGAACUGAUAUUUGGAGCUUGUAAGAUCACUUUCAGACAAGAAAAAGGUAUCCCUUGUUAAGUAAUUUGUAGAAGAGAUCAUAUGUUUUUGAAUGAUGCAAACUAAUAUCUGAAUUCAUCUUAUAAUCAAAACUAGUGCUGAGCUAAGAUCUAAACACAUGUUGCAUCAUCAUCUUCUACAUGUUUUUUCAUUGAAUGCUUUUAUAAUGCUGAGACUUUAUAAAAUGUAUAACUGAGUUUAGUUUGGCAUUGGCUAAACUUUAGGAUUACACUUCGGUGAAUGUAUAACUGAGUGUCUUAUUAUCGUUGCAAAAUUAUUACAGAAG